CCCUCCCCACCUGGGAGCCCCGGGCCCGGCUGGGCUAGGCUGGGGAGGGGAGAAGUCGCCACCGAGCUCAGAGGGCCCCGGAGCGGAAGGACCGGCUUGGACCCAGGAGGGGCUCGCCAUGGGAAACCACUCAGGGAAGCGGGAGCUGCUCCCUGGAGAACCUGCUAAGGAAGCCGAGACCCAUGAGGGAGAGGCAGCCAGCCCACAGCAGCCCUGCCACAACAGCCUGAGUCCCGAUUCUCCAGAGGACAAUGAUGUGUUUGGAGAGGCAGAUGUGAACCAGAACAAUGAGCUGGGCCGGCCCCCCCGCAAGGGCCCAGCGGUGACUGCCUCCACGGGGGCCGCCGAGCCCCGGGGCGGCUGGCCCAAGGCCAGCCCAGCUGACCCGGGGGGCCGCCCCCACUUGGUCCGCCUCUUUUCCCGAGACGCCCCGGGCCGGGAGGACAACACCUUCAAAGAGCGGCCCUCGGAGUCGGACGAGCUGCAGCCCAUCCGGGAAGACGGCGGAGCGACAGCCCCAGCCGACGACGCAGAGAUGAUGGCGUCCCAGAAGCGAUCUUCGCAGCGGCACGGCUCCAAGUACCUGGCCACGGCCAGCGGCCUGGACCACGGUCGCCACGGCUACCGCCCACGGCACCGGGACACAGGCUUCCUCGACUCGCUGGGCCGCUUCUUUGGCGGGGACAGGUCCGUGCCCCGGAGAGGCGCGGGCAAGGAGAUGCAUGGAUCCCGAACCGGGCACUACGGCUCCUUGCCCCACAAGUCUCAGCAUGGCCGACCCUGUGACGACAACCCAGUGGUCCAUUUCUUCAAGAACAUCGUGUCACCCCGGACACCACCCCCAGCCCAAGCCAAGGGGAGAGGAUUGGGCCUCACCAGAUUUAGCUGGGGCGCCGAAGGGCCGAAGUCCGGCUACGGCUACGGCUACGGUGGCAGGACCUCGGACUACAAAGCCGCCCACAAGGGCUACAAGGGAGGCUACCAGACCGGCCAGGGCACACUUUCCAGAAUCUUCAAGCUGGGUGGAAGAGACAGUCGGUCCGGAUCCCCCAUGGCCAGACGCUGAUGCUCCCAGAGGUCUCCACAGUGUAUUCAGCUUCCUAACCCUACGCCUAAAACCGCUAACCUCCCACACCUGCCUCUCACCCAAGACCUGGCCGACCCCCGGCCGGCCAAGCAUGUUGGGGGCCGAGCCCGCCUGGGUCUGUGGAUGAAGACGCAGGAGGCUUCUCUGGGGCCGGGGUCCCGGUCCCGCUCCCCCCCAGCUAAUGAGGGCCAGCUCCCCGGCCCUGGGCCGCCCUCUGCCCUUCCUGGCCCUCGCCCUCGCCGCCGGGCAGGCCCUGCCAGGGCCAGGACCCCGCCCUGUCCCCCGGAGCUGGUGCAGAGGGGCAGGAGCAGAGGUGGGUGGUGGGUCCAAACGGGCUGGGUUUUGCUUUUAAAAUCCUUCCCUUCCUCUCUCCCUUUCUGCCUCUCUCCCUUUCUCGCCCUCCCUCUUUUCCUCCCUUUCCCCUCUCUCUACCCCCUCUUUUCACCUCCCCUCUCUCCAUCCCUGAGCCUGCACCCUACUCUUUUGCUCCCCAUUCUCUCCCCUGAGCCCGCUUUCCUCUCUCCCAUGCCCCAGCACCCCUCACCUUUCCCUUUGGCGGAGCGGUCAGCCAGCAUGGGCGGUUCAGGCACGUGAGAUGCGAGAUGAGCAAUUAAUUGUGGGAAUCCAGUGAUGCAGAGGGCAGUCUGGGGAAGGGGGAGCCGGCGGAGACCCCGCCGGACCGUCCUUUCCCAACCAGCAUCGGCUCAUCACCCCCAAACCCAUCUGAAAGGGAGCAGCGAGACAGAGAGGGUGUUGGACUUGCGCUGGGCUGUCCACUCGAGCGGGGCCAGGCCGCCGCCCAGAGCCGCCCCUAGAGUCCGGGGGCAUGGCCGGGCGCAUGGCGCGGCCCCUGGACCACCAGGCUGAAGGCCGCUGCCGUGUCCUAGGCAGUGAGCGAGCCUGGCCCCCCGAGCCAGCCCGGCCGUGAGCCACUCCCAGAGUGAGCCCACCCCCCCCCCCCCCCUUGGGGUGUGUGUGCGGGGGGCUGUUGGAGGCGUUUCUUGGUGCACCGUGGGGUCCGGCAGGCCAGUGUCCGGCCUAGGCAGAGGGGCAGGGGUCCUCCGGCCCGCCCUGAGAUCCGAGAAAGUUACCUGUGAACCGUAGCCGCCCCCAACCCCAAUCCCCUGGCAAAUCUCCCCCAGCCCCAGAGUCUAACAAGGCGGCCCUCGGCCCCCUGGGGGAUCUGCCCACGGCCACUGGGGAAGACCCAGCCAAGCCCUUCUCAAUUGCACUGUUGCAGGCGCAGAGCCUGCUCGUCCUUUUUAACUUCGACCAGCCGGCGCCGUCCCCCUCCAGGCCCCACCGCGCUCCCAAGCCGGUCUACGGCCUCCCUGCGGUCGAGGGGGCAGCCCAGGCCACCAGAACAGAAACAUGACAUUCUGCUUCCCUUCUAACCAUUUCCCCCUCUAACCGUGUAACCACGCUGGUGAAUCCUUAACUCAGAGCAAAGCUCAAGGAGGGGGCGGCUAAUAGCUACCCUAAGCAUUCGGCACACCCCCAUUCCGUCUUUUGCGCUUUGCCUGCUGGCUCCUGGCGUUUUUCUCUCUGUGGCCUCACCCCUAAAGUAAACUCUGCCGCGUUGCGAGUUUCGUUUAAAAUAUACACUGAUGUUCUCCCAUCUCAAAUGUUAUUGAAAUAAAAUAAUAAACGUUUAAUGGUGUUUGCA